AUGGAUUUGGUCAUUAGAGAGAUACGAUCUUAUAGACAGCAAAAUUUUUGGUGUCCAAAUGUGCGCUUUGGGAAUCAUUCUGGUUAUGCAAGAAGCAAUAUAGAAAUCAAAAAAAAUUCUGUUGUAACACUGAUCGUGUUUGAUACGAGUGGUCUCCUUCGCGAUACUGGUUUACUACCUCUUUGCAUCGAAAAACUGUGUCAUGUGCUUAUUCCGUAUACUGUCCUGAAAGAACUGGAUGGAUUGAAAAAAACUGACUACGAGAAAUUGCGAACGAAAGUCAUUCGAACACAUGGAUUUCUGCAUGACUAUUCAAAAAGUGGAUGUUGUUAUUUACAUAUCGAAAAUAUGUUUGAGGCUUCAUUCGGUGUAGAAGAAUUCGGAUGCGAAAAUAAUGAUGAUAUCAUUCUAAAAUGCGCACUGAUCACCACCAAGAGAUACAGGAGUGAGAAAGUAUCGGUGAUAUUCGUUACAAAUGACAAAAGUCUUGCGGUGAAAGCACUGGCGCAUAAUAUUUUCACACUCGAUAGAAAGGAACUGGUUGAUUUAUUGCUAACUAAAGCACCAGAAGGCAAAAAGGAAUUACUAUCACCAGAAAGCCUUGCACAACGGGAAUUUUUGCGAUACAAUUCAGCAGGAAGCUCAGCGCAGCAAAAAUUGUCGCAAAAUAAUUUUCUGCAUUCUGCAUUCGCCAAACAUUUUAACUCCAAAAUAAGGAACAACUUAGUUGUACCUAAUCAGUUUGGGAAUUAUUCAUCUCCAGUAUUUGCACCAGCAACAUUCAUGUUUCAACCUGGAGGACAAAUCAUUAUGCAGAAUUACUUAUUUCGGAUUCAAAACAUAUUUCGCAUGCUUUUAUGCGGUGAACCAUCAUUUCAGCUUCUACAAAAGUUUUUUCCACUCACAUUUCAAAUGUUCGAAAGAAUGGUAAAGGUAACCAACUUCAAUUCAUUUAAAUAUUGA